AUGUCCUGUUUCGAGUGCAAACAGACGGGACACAUUGCAUCGCAAUGCCCUAAUGGUAAUGAAAUUGACCCAACAUCAUCAAGUAACACAUCACCCCCUAAAGAAAAUACUCCAACAGAAACUAACAAGGCCACCCCUCAACCUAGCAUGGACACGAAUACUUCAAAUCAUGAGACAGAACCAGCAAAUUCCGAACUUAACCAGAACAAACGAAACAUCACAGAAAUACUCACGCCAACAGAAUUUACCAAAUUAAAUUGCAAGAAGAAGUUGAAUUGCAUUAUGGAACGUCAAAAUGCCCAUUCAAGAGGAAAAAAAAUCCUAGGACUGUUAGGCAUCAAAUUAAUAAAAGAUCAUUCUAACACUGCAAACUGGAAAAUCGCAUCUGAUUCGUCUGUGAUUCGCGAUGUUAUAGAAGCUAUUAUAAGCAAUGUGGAAGCAAACAUCAACAAAGGGGAGUUUAAAGAAGUUGGCCUUGAUUUAUCCGCCGCAGAAAUGGAAGUUGAUAUAGCAGAAGAAAUAGUUUCUCAAAGGAAUGAUUUAGAACCAGAAAAACAGGAGCAAUGCUUAGAAAAAUGUAUAAUAUCCCCUAGUGAAACUCCCGAAUUUCCACAAGCUGAAGAGAAAAUGCUGACAGAAAAUGAGGAAGAAUCGAAUUCAGAGCCUAAUCCAUUCUCAGACGACUCUAUUGUCGAUCCCAAUUACGAAGCUGAUGACGUAACUACAACAACAGACAGUGACAGUGAACAAGAAGCGCCGCCGCCGCCGCCGCAAAAAGAUGAAGAGGUAGCAAAUGCAAUAAAGAAGAAAUCCAGAAAAAGGAAGAAGGACCCUCAUGAGUGGAAAAGAAACAAAACAAAAUUACUCAGGAACACCGGACAGGCCUAUGUUACACUCAACAAGCAUAAACCUGAUGAUAAGAAAAUAAGGGUUUGUAAGGUGUUCUUUAUUUCAACUUUGGGAAUUACUACCCGCUGUAUUCGAAGCGUGAUAGCUAAGAGAAAAGAAGGAAAUUUUGAAGAUAAAAGGGGAAAGCACGGAAAUCAACAGCAAAUACCGGACGCAAAGAAUGAUAUACGUGCUCACAUUUCAUCCAUUCCCAAAAUUGAGAGCCACUAUACCAGAGCACACAGCGAAAAAGGAUAUAUUGAAGGGGGCAAGAGCAUAACCGAUCUGUACAGAGAUUAUAAAAGCCUUUGUGAGCAAGACGGCAAAUCCGUUGCAAGUUUAACCACAUACAGGGAUAUUUUCAAUUACGAAUUCAACUUGGCUUUUUUUGUCCCCAAAAAAGAUCAAUGCCAAAAGUGUGUUGCGUACGAAAAUGCGGAUGUUGACGAGAGAAAGGAAAUGGAAGAUGACUAUUCAAUACACCAAAGAGAAAAGACUCUAAGCAGAAAAGAAAAAGAAGCAGAUAAAGAAAAAUGCUGUGCAAAUUAUCAUGUCAGUUGCUUUGACUUGCAGGCUACAUUGCCAACACCAAAGGGCGACGUGUCCUCAUUUUAUUAUAAGUCAAAACUCUCAACUUAUAAUUUUACUGUGUGUGGCCUUACUCAGAAGGGUCAAGGUCCUGUUACGUGUUUCAUGUGGCAUGAAGGACAAGGCAAAAGAGGAGCCAAUGAAAUUGGAUCCUGCCUAAUAAAGUAUUUACAAGAACAGGGUGAAAGUUAUGAUGGUAAUGACUUAGAUAUUGUAUUUUACUCUGAUAAUUGCUCGGGGCAGCAAAAAAAUAAAUUUAUUUUGGCAGCGUACUUUUACGCCGUAGCUAAGUAUAAUAUUAAGUCAAUAACGCAUAAAUACUUGGUAACAGGUCACACACAGAACGAAGGUGAUAACGUUCAUUCAGUCAUAGAGAAGAAUAUUAAAAGGUCACUAAAAUCUGGUCCAAUUUACACACCAGACCAUUACGUAAUGUUGGUCAAAAGCGCAAAGAAAACGGGAGCUCCUUACAAAGUUAUAGAGAUGAGUUACGAUGAUUUUUUUGAUUUAAAAAAAUUAACUACUCAAACUUCUUUCAAUUUUUAUAAGGACAGUUCAGGCGAUAUCGUUAAAUUUAAUAGUGCCUGUGUUUUCAAAGUAGAGAAAGAUGCUCCUGACGUUUUUUUUUAUAAAACUUCGUUUAGUCAAACUGACUACAAAAGCGUAAGCAUUAGACAGAGAAAUAAUACGCGAACAGGUGCGGACUUUGACUCUUUUAAAACCGUUGAUCUGGAACGUGCUUACAAAAAUAUAAUACCAAUUCCCAAGAAAAAAUUUGACGACCUAAUGGAUUUGUUAAAAAACAAUGUGGUUGUGUUAUUCACACCUCGAUCUACACCAACUGCAGCAAGUGACUUGGAAAAUAGUCAGUUGGCUACAACUACAAGCAUUGAAAAUGAAAAACCUCGAGAAAAUCCUUGUUCUGGUAGAAAACGAAAAUUGGCUCCACGUGGCAAAGAAAAUGUCCCAAAAAUCACCAAAUCAGAUACUCUACAACAAAUAAGACGUGAUAAGAAUGAAAGACACAAAGAAAAAAUGAUAUUUGAAAGAGAGAAAUCUGAAAAAAUAUAUCAAUUACAUUGA